AAUAUAAAAUCGAAAAGACAGCAAAUUAUAUCUGGUAUUUCGCCAUUGCCGUUUGCCGUUUGUUGUUAAACUUUUCGGCGAUCACAUUAAAAUGGAGUAGCUGCGGCCCCACCAACUGGAAAUUUGGGUCCCACCAUAUAAACAUACCUAUCCAAUCCAAGUUGUUAUCGAUCCAUUUCCGAUCGUUGAAGGCUUGAAGAUUUUCUUGGCAAGAUCUGCUCUCAAGAGACGCGUGUUCAUUAACUUCUUUGGAUAUUUUCUCUUUUGUCUGCAGUGAGGGAUAGAGAGAAGAGAAUGUUCCUCUUAGUAACAGGAUCUGAGAAUUUUCAUGUACAGACUGAGCAACAUGAUUGAUUGAGAAAUGGGCAAAAAGGGCGGUUGGUUCUCUGCUUUUAAGAAAGCUCUCAGUCCUAAGAAAUCCAAACCAAAGAACGCAGAGAAGAAUCCGGAUCUAGUUGUUUCUUCAUUUGAAGGAACUAAUACAUUAGCUGCUCCUGCUGCUGUCACUCCUCCACCUCCACCACCUCCUCCUUCUCAUUGCGCUAUCGAAGAUGUGAAAUUAGCUGAAGCAGAGAAUGAGCAGAGCAAGCAUGCAUAUUCUGUGGCAAUUGCCACUGCUGUGGCUGCUGAGGCAGCCGUUGCUGCUGCACAUGCUGCUGCUGAGGUUGUUCGGCUCACUAGCGUGGCACGCUACUCUGGAAAAUCAAGGGAGGAAAUAGCAGCUAUCAAAAUUCAAACGUCAUUUAGAGGAUACUUGGCAAGGAGGGCAUUGCGAGCUUUGAGAGGGUUGGUCAGAUUGAAGACAUUGAUACAAGGACAAUCUGUCAAACGACAAGCAACUAACACCUUACGAGCAAUGCAGACUCUUGCACGUCUGCAGUCUCAGAUUCGCGCAAGGAGGAUCAGAAUGACGGAGGAGAACCAGGCCCUCCAGCGCCAGAUCCAACAAAAGCGCGAGAAAGAGCUUGAGAAGUUGAGAACAGCUAUUGCGGAGCAGUGGGAUGAUAGCACACAGUCCAAGGAGCAAGUUGAGGCAAACUUACUGCAGAAGCAAGAAGCUGCUAUGAGAAGAGAAAGGGCUUUGGCUUAUGCAUUCUCUCAUCAGCAAGCAUGGAAGAACUCUUCAAAAUCAGCAAAUGCAACAUUUAUGGAUCCAAACAAUCCCCAAUGGGGUUGGAGUUGGCUAGAAAGAUGGAUGGCAGCUCGGCCUUGGGAGAGCCGAAGCACAGUAGAUAACAAUGACCGCGUCUCUGUUAAAAGCACAACAAGUCGUACAAUGUCUCUUGGAGAAAUCAGCAGAGCUUACUCUCGUCGUGACAUCAACCUUGACAAUAAGCUGUCGCCUGCUGCCCAAAAGUUGAGCCGACCUCCCAGUCGCCAAUCCCCUUCAACGCCUCCUUCCAAAGCUCCUUCUACAUCAUCAAUAACAGGGAAAACAAAGCCACCCAGCCCAAAAGGGAGUGAUGAUUCAAGGAGCUUGUUCAGUGUCCAGUCUGAGCGGUAUCGGAGACACAGCAUAGCUGGGUCAUCAGUCAGAGAUGAUGAAAGCCUUGCUAGCUCGCCUUCAUUUCCAAGUUACAUGGCACCAACACAAUCAGCAAAGGCAAAAUCUCGAAUGCCAAGCCCAUUAGGAUUAGAUAGAAAUGGAACACCAGAAAAGGCAUCAGUGGGUUCCGCAAAGAAGCGGCUUUCAUUCUCUUCUUCCCCAGCUGGACCAAGGAGACAUUCUGGUCCUCCUAGGAUGGAAGCCAGUUCCAUCAACAGUGUUAACAUGCGCAUGGAAGAGAAAGUUAUCAAUGGAGAAAGCAGCAGGUAGCAUAGGGGAAAGAAGAAAUUCAUUUUAGGCACUAGUGAUAAAACAAAAAUUCGGAAAAACAAAUAAGUAUCAAUUCAGCUUUGUUAUCUGCAUCCGUUUUCUUUUCAGCAACAACUUUAAUUAGGAGUGCGGAGAAAAAAAAAAAAAAGAAAAUAAAAAUGAGUUAUUGUAAUAUUUAGUAUCAUUUUUCGUCGCCAGAAACACCUUUUUAUUCUUCUAACAAAAUGCCUUUAUUAGGGAAUGGUUGUGUAUUGUGAUAUUAGGAUGGAUUCAAGGAUGAUAAUAUUAUGAUUUUUAUUUAAUUUUAGUGUUUCUGCAA